AAAUGAAAAUAAGUAGUAAUUCGUAAGUAUCGGAAUCGGAGUAUCCAACUCACAUAGAUCCACCGACGCAAUAUCCUCCAAUUUCUCCCCCAAACCGUACUCGCAAAGUUAAAACAAAUUCAAACCCCCUUUCCCAAACGCUCCGUAUAAAUACUCCUUCCUCUUCGCUCCUUCAAAUUUGCCGAAAAAUAAUCCCCCAAAUUUCCUCAAUAACAUGGCUGCAGGCGCAAAUUCCUCCCCCGCGAUCCUCCCCAUCUCCAAUGCCGCCGCGCAGCCGCCCACCGCUGCUGGAAAUCAGCAAUUGUCCUCCAAUUCCUCCGUCCGCUUGUUCCUCACCGCCAUCUCCGACAACAUUCGAUUCGGCCUCGCCAACCGCCGCCCCUGGUCGGAGGUCGUCGAUCGCUCCGCCUUCUCCAAGCCGGAAUCGAUCUCCGAAGCCACUCUCCGAUUGAGGAAGAACUACAACUACUUCCGCACCAACUACCUCACCAUCGUCACCGCCGUCCUCGCCUUUUCGCUUCUCACCAAUCCCUUCUCGCUCAUCCUCCUCUCCGGCCUCCUUGCCGCCUGGCUGUUCCUCUACGUCUUCCGCCAGGCGUCCGAUCCGCCGAUCGUCUUCUUCGGUCGCCAAUACUCCGAUCGGGAGACGCUCCUCUUCCUGAUCGUUUCGACCGUCGCCGUGAUCUUCCUCACCAGCGUCGGAUCCGUGCUCGUGUCGGCUCUCAUGAUCGGCGUCGCUGUUGUUAGCCUGCACGGUGCUUUUAGGGCACCCGAAGAUCUGUUCCUUGAUGAGCAGGAGCCGCAGGGCGGUGUUCCGGGAUUCCUCACAUUAUUGAGCGGUGGCGCCGUUGCUACUUCUCAAGCGCCCAUGCCUGCUAGGGCUUGAUGAGUCGUCGUGCGUCGACGGUAGUGGCGAAUAAAUUCUAUUUCUUUUGUUUUUUUCAUUUCUCGAUUUUUUGAAAUAAUUUGUUGAGUGAAUCUUAUGAAUGAUACAGUAAUUUGCUAUACGAUUAGCUAGAUAAAGAUAAAUAUACAAAUGAAUUUUUUUCA